AUGAUAUUGCUGGAUACCUAGUUUAUGUUUGCUAUAUAUCUGUAAACAAAACGAUGGAAUUCCAUCCUGGGCGUUUUGGUAUCUUUCGUUAUUAGCCGGGGCUUCAUUUGGCCGAUGGAAAUGAUGACUUUCGUGGAACAUGUCAUGGGGGUCAAAUCCCGCAGCCUUCUUACGACAUUGAUGUUGUGGUACCUGUAGCUGAACCUCCACUUCUUUUUAAAAUUCUCAUCACUAGUUCAAUAUCUGUUCUUCGUCAUCACAAUGAUGAACCCAUUAGACGCGUUGUCAUUGGCAGGAACCAUUAUUCGAUUCGUGGAUUUCAGCUCGAAGGUGUUGGCUGGUACUAAUGAACUAUACAAAUCGGGCGCGGAAGCUUUGGCCGUUCACCAACAAUUGGGUCUUGUGGUGGAUGAUCUAGCUAAGAUGUCCAAGAGGCUCUCGGAUUCAUACUGGGGCUUAUCUGGGAUGGGAGUCGUUUCUACACCAUCAGAUGACGCGUUUAUGUUCAUAUGCAGAGAUGCAUCAGAAUUGUCCAUUGAACUCAGUAAUAAGCUAAACAGUUUAAAAUUGACAGCCAUUGGCAAGCGUAGGAAAUGGGAAACUGUUAAGCAAGCGCUGAAGUCUGUGUGGACUGAGAAGGACUUGACGGCUUUAACGAAUCGACUGGCAUUACUGAGAGAUUCUAUUCAGAUGCAUAUCGUCGUGGAUCUUCGAAGAGAUCAGCUCGAUUCGAUAUCAUCAAAUCAAGGAGUUCGCUUCGAUCACCUCGAAUAUAGUACGAAGACUAUUAUUACUGCCCUCCUCACACAUCAGGAUGAAGUCAGCAAAGGGGUCCAAGAUCAAACGAUAGCAAUUACUCAGUUACUCGGUAGAAUUGAAAUUCUGGCUGAGAAGCACACAUUUCCAUCAGGUAUUGUGCAGCAGAUUGACAAGAUUGAAGUAAAUCAGAGCCAAAGUUUGAUACUCGCCGAAGAACAAACAUCUCAGAAUCAGGUUCUGCACAACCAUGAGUGGCACGAAAAAGCACUCCGCUUGCAGAUUGCUCAAUACCUUGUCCAAAAUUUAAAGUUCCCAGCAUUGAAAGAACGAGAAGAAACUAUCGCGGAUGUAUAUCGAGGAAUAUUUGAGUGGUUAUUCAAUGAUAGCCAUGAAUCUACGCGGUGGCCUAGUUUUGUCCAUUGGUUAGAACAUGGGUCCAGUAUUUAUUGGAUCAAUGGAAAAGCUGCUUCGGGCAAGUCAACACUGAUGAGAUUCAUAUAUGAUCACAGUAAAACGAAGGUACUUUUAGAAAAAUGGUCUGCUCCUUUACCCAUUGUUAUGGCCAAGUUUUAUUUUUGGAAGAGUGGGACUCUUGUACAGAGGUCUCUAAGUGGUCUUCUUCGAGCUCUUCUUUCCCAAAUUCUGGGACAUCUUCCUGAUCUUAUUCCUGUCUGUUUUCCCCAAAGAUGGGCCAAAAUCUACACUGAUUCGGUUAGACCGUUCUCUGAAGUACACCAAAAGUUUCAUCCGAUGGAAAUGGAGUACUGGAGUUUAACCGAAUUGCAGGCCGCAAUGCGGAGCCUCGUAAGCCAAAGCGUACAGCACUUCAAACUUUGUUUGUUCGUUGACGGUCUUGACGAAUAUGAAGGGGAACCUUCAGCUAUAACCAAAUACUUUAGUAUGCUCGCUCAGGUACCGUGGCUAAAAAUAUGCGUCUCCAGUCGUCCUUUACUUGGAUUCGAUGAUGCUUUUGGAUCUGGACCAUCACUUCGGCUGCAAGAUCUAACACGUAUCGAUAUUAACCAUUAUGUCAAGUCGAGUCUCCAAGAGAAUGUUAACUAUCAACGCUUAUGCGUAGAACAGCCUGUUCAAGCAUUAAAUCUCAUCAAAAAUAUUGUAUCGCGAGCAGAUGGGGUAAGCUUGUGGGUUAAGCUUGUAUUACAGGAGAUUGUAAGAGGUCUCGACAAUAGAGAUAGCCUGCAAGAUUUGCAGGAACAUCUAGAGGAACUUUUCUCCUCGAUGCUUGGAAAGAUUGAGCCCUUCUAUAGUAAGAAAGCUGCAUCAAUUUUUCUCAUUGUCCGAGCGGCAAAUGUACAUCAGAGGAGCGACCUGGAGCUGAGAAACAAAGAGAUUAGUGAUCAUCUAAAAGUGAGAUGUGCAGGAUUGCUCGAGACCGGACCGAAAUACUCCCCAGGAUUUGAAUAUCUUGGAUAUCGCGUCACUUAUUUGCAUCGCAGCGUCCGAGAAUAUUCAGAACGUUCAGAUAUACAUCAAAAAUUCAUGAAACAUAGCAAUGGAAGAGGCUUUGAGCCCCACACUGCCCUUAUGUGCUCAUACAUAAAAGAACUUCAGAUCUCCGAACCUCAGAAAAACAUUUUAACCCAGCCUUCGGGCCUUCCUUUAUUUGUGGCAACAGUCCUCAACUACGCCCACGAUGCUGAAAUUGCGGGAUCAAAUGCUUACGUUGAACCAUUGGAUACAUUUGCGACAUUGACGCACAGUGCGAGGUCCAAAAGCAUCAUUUGGGCACCGGCGAAGUUCUCUUCUUUUCUACACAUCGCAACCAAAUGGAAUCUUUGUGCAUACGUCAGAGUUAUUUUAGAGAGACUCGCCUCGGAAACGAAAGGAAUUGUUGCUCACAACUUGUUAGCAUAUGCGCUUGCGGGAACAGAUGAAUACUAUGUGCAUGGCAUGGAGCAGAUGGAAAACUCGGAUUAUCGGCGAGAUCGAUUUCCUCCUAGUAAUCGCAUGAUAGGAUUACUGUUGGAACAUGGAGCGCAGCCUAACAAAAAGCUAAAAGACUUUCCAGCUCUUUGUUUUGAGAUGGCCGUCCGUGAUGUUUGCGCAAUCCUACCGCCGGUGGACACGGAAGAAAGUGAAAAUCAGCAAUUUUCCGAGGAGGAGAAAUCUUUGGUCUCAAACCAUUUGGCAAUUGUCAAACUCAUGCUAGACAAUGGGGCAGAUGCGAAUACAACCCUCAAUCACCAAGGACGAACAAUCACCUCCAGAAAGUUGCUGACUGAGACUAUGAGAAAAUAUUGGAGAAGCAAGGAGUGGACUGUAGAUGAAAUGUCUAGAAUGAAAGGUGGUAAAUUGGAGCCAUCGAUGAUUAGGAAGUGGAUCAUGACUCUACAAAGACUUUGUUCAAAAACUUGA